GAUGUGCGGGAGAAGAACCCAGACGCCUCUACUGAUGGAGGCUUCUUGCAGCGCUCUCUCUCUCUCUCUCACACACACACAAAUAUACAAAGACACGCACACUCGAGUGAAGCUUAAUGCAUUGAUCCACACUGAUCAGCUGUAGAAGCUGUAGCAGCAGCAGUUAUCACUGCUUUCAUCAGCAGCAGCCGCAGCAAUAUCAGCAGAAGCUGUUGCAGCAGUGAUAUCAUCCACGCCAUCGGCAGCAUCAGCAGCAGCAGCAGCAGCGACAAUUGAAGAAGCAGGGGUAUCAUCAGCAGCAGUAGCAGCAACCAUCAGCAACACCAUCAUCAUAAUCAGCAGUUGAAACAAUCAUUAUCAUCGAUAUGUUCAGCAGCAGCAGCUAGAAUCAGCAGCAGCAUCGGCGCUUCGUCGUGGGGUGUUCUGUCAGUGACAGUUCCCGGCAGAUGCCUCUGUCUCGUGCAAGGUUCAGCAAAGAGGGACAACAGGAGGCGCAGGACCGUUCCUGCUGAAGGUAAGGUGAUACGGUCACCACGAGCCUAAGCAGCUCGUCAGAGGACGCACCGCUCCACUCCUCGACCCGGCAGGCAGGCGGUGGGGGGCGGUGGGGGGCCCGUUGAUCCGGCGUCGCCUGUGGACCAUGCGGCCGGGGGCCCGGCAGCACCUCCCGCCCAACGACCGCCCGAGCGUGUGGCGCGGUGGCACGAGGGUCCGGGCUCCGCACGCAGCGGGCGGCGCGUGAACGAUGAGCGGCGAUGGCGAGGUGCUCUUCCUGCGCGAGAACUCCCUGGCGUGGCUCGUGUGCUCGCUGACGGCCCUCGUCGCCAACGUGUGGGGCAUCCUCAGCGUGUCGGCCAAGCAGCAGAAAUGGAAGGCGCUCGAGUUCCUCCUGUGCACCCUGGCCGGCACGCACGCCCUCACCGCCACCAUCCCCCUGCUCAUGUACGCCGUGGUGAACAUGCGACGCGGCUCCUCGGACUACGAGUGGACCGAGGGCCUCUGCAAGGUGUUCGUGUCCAGCUUCUACACCCUGGCUCUGGCCACGUGCUUCACCGUGUCGUCGCUCGCCUACCACCGCAUGUGGAUGGUGCGCUGGCCCGUCAACUACCGGCUGAGCAACACGCGCAAGCAGGCGGUGCAGGCCAUCAUGGGCAUCUGGACCGUGUCCUUCAUCCUGUCCACGCUGCCCGCCGUCGGCUGGCACGACACGACCGAGCGCUACUACGCGCGCGAGUGCCACUUCCUCAUCACCAAGAUCGGCCUCGGCUUCGGUGCCUGCUUCCUGACGCUGCAGGGCGGCAGCCUGGCCAUGGGCAUCGCGUGUACGGGCAUCACCCUCUACCAGACCGCGUGCCGCGUACACCAGGCCCGCCGCGCGCCCGAGAAGGCCACCAUCACGGUGCCCACCAUCGUGGUUGAGGACACCACGGGCAAGCGCAAGUCGUCCAUCGACGGCUCCGAGCCGGUGCAGACGUCGCUCAAGACCACCUACCUGAUUAGCGUCAUCGUCUUCUUCUACGACUGCCUCACCGGCAUCCCCACGCUGGUGAUCAGCUUCGUGAGCCUGCGCUACGACGCGCAGUCCUUCUGGAUGGUGCUGGCGCUGCUCUGGUGCUCCGUGGUGCAGACGCUGCUGCUGCCGCUGUUCCUGUGCGCAUGCGAGCGCUACCGUGCCGACUGCCCCACCAUCUGGGAGCAUUGUGCCACGCUCAUGGCGGCCGAGGAUCUCGAUGACGGCAUGAAGACCAACGGGGGAUGCGUUCGUGAUUUGCCGGCUGAAGGCGAUGUCGAGCUGAGCCCCAGCAAAGAGAACAUCGCUCUCAACCGCAUACCGCUGGAGGGGUACCAGCUGCGUGACCUGCACCAGUUGCUCGUGGAAGGCAAGCACUUCCUCCAGCUGCCGCACACGAGGCGCUGCUCGCACGACGAUGGGGACAUGUGCUGGCCCGUGGGCUCAUCCAGCGGCAGCAAACUUCGCGGACCCACAGACGACUCCUCCACCGGGCUGCAGCAGCACGCCUCGCCCAAGCACUACCGCAAGAGAUUAGGCGGCGGCGGCGGUGGCGGCAUCGGAGUAAGCAGCAGCGCCGGGCAGAUCUCCACCUCGGGGUCGGCUCCAGACGGGCGCCCCGCCAACUACGCAGGGCGCAGGCGGCGCUCGGAGGGUGGCGUGACGGCCACGCUGCGUCCCGUCGUCGUCAAGACCAUGAGCCUGGACGAAGGCGAUGGCGACAGCGGCAGCAGCCGCUUCUUCACGCUCGACGAGAUCAUCAGCUACAUCGACGAGACGCCGAUGGUGAGCCCCUGCCCGAGCCCGGCCCACUCCUCCACGCCAAGAGGGGGUGGCCCGCGCACCAGCACGCCUGUGCCAAGGCACGGCACGCCGUCCAAGGGCGCGCGCGGCCUGCCCGACUGUGAACUGUUUGUCGUGUCUGGAGGGACCUUUGACAUCGGCGGCGACGGUGGUAGUCGGGAUGCGGAGGACGCGGAGAUGGCGGCAGCGCAGAUGAAGUGCGGAGAGCACGGUGCCGCGGACGGCUGCUGCUGGGACAAAUGCUCGACCAUGAGAAGAAUCAAUAUUUCCACGCAGAACGGUGUAACUCAGUGACAAUGUGCGCUGGAAUUGCACGCGUGGGCACUGAGAAACGCACUUGGUGUUUCCAAGAUCAGGCUCUCGGGGUGGAGCUCUGAGGUCCCUCCAUGGCCUCAUGUGAGAUUUUCCACCGAGAUUGUGAGUGUGGAGGCAGAUUGGACUGUUGAAACAUAACAGCUUUUUUGGAAAACCCAGUCUUGAGGGGUUUAUUGAUAAGCCAUUGAAUAAAUGUGUAUCUUUGCCGAUUGAUAAGAUUGCAGUGCUCACGAUACUACUACUACUGUGACUGUAAUUAAAAACCAUGGAUGGUGAUGAGAGAAAAAAAGCCCUGAAUACAGAUCAGGACAAUAAAAAAAGAGUAAGACGCAUUCAACAGCAGAGAAUAAUCAAACAGAACAAACACGUGCAGAGGAAAGGGUCUGUUUCAUCAUCGAAAGAGAAUCGCACUUAGUAAGUCCAUCACCAAUGGGCAUAAAGGACCAACGUUUUGCGGCAGUAUUUGUUUGAAGGGGCAUAAUCCUAGACUGGUUUUGACUUUGCUGAGUCUCAUUAGCAGCGUGUGGCCUGCAUAACAACUGUUCCCGGGUUGACUGGUGUUAUAGGCAUGAGCCAUCUUUUGAUCACUGUUGGGACCGAUAAGCGAAGGGCAAAAAUAUUUCAGUUAUCUUGCGCCCUCUUGUACAGCAGCGGCGAGGUUCGAGGUUUGAGAUGAACGCGUAACAAGGCUCGUGUUGCUGCGAGGACUUUUCUUACUUGCAUGAAGCAUGUUGCGUGUAUUGUGCAGCCACAGGUGCUGAUGUGCUGAAUAUCAAGAAGGGAACCAUUCAAUAGUUGAGCCGUGAUGAUUUGCAAGGAAAAACAAAGGAUAGAUGUUUCCUCCGAUACAAGCGAGUCUCCAUCUAGUGGUGGUGAAGGGUCACUAGGAGAGCCUUACUUUAAUAUUCCAUUAAAACAGAGUUGUCGAUUUGUCACACAAAGGUUGCCGAUAUUCACAUUAGAUUUUUUAUUUAAGCACAUCAUCAAUUGAUUUUAUUUUCCGAAGGAAGCACUUUCUCUACGGACAUGAUGUUAAAUGUCACAAAGGCGAAAUAUUGCGAAGCACGUUGAUCGAUUUUGUGCAGAGCGAAUUGUGGGUUACGUUUAUGAUAUUAAUAAUAGCAAUGCCAUUUACUUCACCAGGAGAGCCUCACUGAGUCUCAAGACUCUUCUUGGGAGGGUCCUGCUACAUUGAGAUGUUUUGGCCAACUCCAUGAGAGGGGUUGGCUUCGUGUGGGAGGAAACCCAACUCCCCCAGAAUAACCCCACGCAUAUUUUUGAAGCGGGUAAAACCUCGCAGAUUAAAGAAUCCAUUUCUGCACUGCCAUUUCCUGGCCACCUCUCAACACCAGCAUACAACACUUGGUAUUCCAAGGCAGUCUCCCGUCCAUCCAAGUACUAAACACAGGCUCAGGCCUGCUUAGCUCGUUGAGAUCUGAUGAUUGGAAGCAUUUAAAAGGGUGAUUUUGAUCUUGUAUUAUGAAAGGGUUCAUUUUGCCGUUUUUGUAACUAACUGUAAAUAUUGAAACGAUUGGCAAGCAAGCUCAUAGUGGCCAUCGCCUUAGGCGCAGCUCUGCAAUUCAAGCCGAGCUGCGCUUAAGUGUCACGAAAAAAGUUGUUUCAUCUCCUUGUACUGUAUUAAUUUCCUGUCUGGGGGACCAGGGUUGCAGUGGUGAGCACAUUGUACUGCGAUAAAUCCCGAUACUCGAGUACUCCGGUUUAGUUCCCAGCUACAGAUAACAUCGUGGUGAUUUAUAUCUGAAUAUCUGAAGCAGACGUGGCAAUCCUCCCCUGCUAACCAAACAUCCCCUUCACCAAUCCGCACGUGACCAACGUAUGGUCUAACGACCCCUCAUGACUAACACUGUGUGGGAAGGCCUUCAUCCAAACAGUGGAUUGACAAAGAGCUGAAAAGUAUUAUUGUCGAUGACUUUAUUACGAUAUUAAUUCUAAAAAGACCAGGAUUUAUUUACAAAUGUGUUAUGGAUAUAUGGAGAUGGCAUUUGUCGGAAUGCGGUUCUAAAAUAUGAUACCUUAAAACAUUUAUAAUCCAAUGGGAAAUCUACUCGUAUUCAUGAAUGAAUUGCAUAGUACUGCAGCCAAGAAAAACAUUACAUAAAUUGUACUUAAGUGGUUAGUCAAUUGUAUUAUCUCAUACAAAAGAGCGCAAUUUAAAAAGAUGGUUUAAACACUGCAAUGAAGUGCUCUGAUAAAAGCUUAACGAUUGGGAACGUAACAAUGCAUCAAUAACUUUAAAUGUAUCAUUGUGCUCACAACACGUGCAUAGAUUCCUACUUGUAUGACUCCUUUGUUGACCAUUUAUGUAUUACUACAUGCCGCUACAUCAAGGCUGAGUGAACAAAACUGUACGGAGACAGAAAAAAAAUUCAAAUAAUGCAAACGGGGCAGUAAAAACGAGACAAAAAAAUACUUCAUUUGGUUAAAUAAUGAUCACGAAUCUACGUUAAGAGUUCAUUGUUACACGUUCAUUAACAAGCCCACGUACUGGCACCUUAUGACCAGGGGUCAGAUCUCCACAUGGCCAGGGAUGGCCAAACCGCGGCUGGGCACUUCCAAGUGCUGCUCGAUGGAGACGUUCAUGUGUAUAUAUAUAUUUUUUACUUUUCAAUUUUAUCUUCAUUUGAAACAGGAAACAUCUGCAGAAUUGCGACUAGCACGAGGCACUUGUGCCUGUGGCGGCCGAGCCAGACAUAAUGAGUACUUGUGGGGUGCUAAUGUAGAUUUUUUUUUAAAUGAAAAACUCCACAGCCAACCAGCGCACGAGCGAACUGGCUGUGACCACCGUUGUUGUUUUGUGGCGAUCGGGUCUUGUGAAUAUUUUGGUUCGGAAGGGCAGGAAGUUUGGUCACGCACUGACCACUCGUGUAGGCACCAUUGCCUCUGUGCUCUCUUUCUUCCACACUCGGGUUACACAACACCACCUAAAGAGACUGGAGACCUCGUUGUCCCACGAGCGAGGCGGUCCAUGCACACGAGGCAUGCAUUUCAGUUCCCCGCGGCGUUCCUCUCGUCUUCCUGACACAGCUAAGCAACGCCGUGCAGGAAGAAAAACACCAAGCGACAACAAAUAUAACCCGCAACAGAUGGUGACGUCGAUCUCACAACAUCGGUGCACUCCGUGAAAACCCCCAAUGAUUUGUUCUUGCAACCUUGGACGAUGGAGUUAUGUGAUAAUGCUCCGUCAUUGGUCCACGAUUAUCCUAUCCCGUGGAAGUGCACACCUGCGACAACGUUUCGCACGUGUCUCGUGUUUUCGCCCCGAUACCCGCGCCCUUUCGCCUGUGCGCUUGCUGGGGUUUGGCUUUUCGGGGCGUCGGUUCAAGUGAUGAUGGCUCGUGUCCCAGGGGGGGGGGGGGGGGGCAUGCGUGCUAGCGGCUGCGACCGUUACAAUGAUGUGACUGGUCCUAUUGAUAUGUUACCGAUGUUUCAGGUGUUCUGUAGCUGAAGGUUGUGUGCUUUGAUAAUAAACGUUUUAAAUACCAUUAUGUGCUUUAAGUUGACGUCCCGUAUUGUGUUAAUUGUAUUGGUGAAUUUCCAAUUUGAAAUGAAAAAAAAAAUUCCGCUAUCUUCCCUUCUGAACUCAACAACUGCCUUGUCUUGUGAUUCCAAAAUUCGUUACUAUUAUGAUCAAUAUCAUCGUCGUUAUUUUAAUUUGUUGUUUUUUGUUGUUGUUAUAACGUGGGUUGGAUGACUGUACAUUGGGUCAACGUGCUCGUCUCUUUUUGCAGCAGAAAACAAUAUUUGAAAACACAUCCCCCCCCCCUCUCUCCUUCAAACGAAUAAAAAAAGUAUGCCCGUUUCUGCUCUCAGCAGCAUCAAUCGUUGUGUUCUUACUCGAGUCCAGUUUUGCAAUGAUGACCCUGUUAAAACUUUGCAUGGCAAAUCAGUGGCUCAUUUAUGUAAUGCGUGUCUCUCUGUGCUAAGCAGAAGAAGAAGACAAACACUGCACAGGGACAAAUAUGUGCGGCUUUGCAUUCGUGCGGCGUGUUUGGCCUCGCACACCGAUGCCAUCGCUCCAAGAUUAAAUGUUUACUUACUGCACAGAGACAAAUUAAACGCGGGGCGAGCCACCGAAAACUGACGGACGAAAAUCAUUCAUGAAGCACGGCACUGAUUGGCCGCUUGCGAGGUGUCCCGCUAAGACGACACGUGCACUGGCUGAUCGAGCAGCAAUUGACGCAUUCGGC